CAGUCAACAUGUGCCAACUGCCAUGUGCAAUAAUUAAAUUUUGCUACUAAACAACUAGUGCUUGAUUUUUGAAAUUUCUCCAAAAACCGAGUACACAGCAUUUUUGUUUUUCUUGAAUCCGUGAAAAUGACGGACGACGAUCCGUUUUUGACGCAUUAUUCGUACGAUUUAUCGCCCGAAUUGAUUACUUGUCUGGGCGACAAUCCUCCGCUGGAAGAAACCGUUCAACUAGAAUGGCCCGAACUGGGCAAGUUAACGUUCAAAAAACCAAAAUUAAUCGUUCCAGAGAACCGGCACGCCGUCAAAGCGUUGGAAGAAAUAAGACCGUACGCCAAAAUACCGGAUGUUCCCGUCUUGUCGGACGAUGUGAGCACACUAUCUCUUCACAAACAACUAGUGUCGACCGUCAAAGACGUCAACAGUUUUCAAUUGGAAGUCUUGUCCGUUAUGUGCCGUUACCACGAUUUUAAUUAUGCCGAGAGGAAUUUCGACAACGCCGAAGAACUGAGAUACUGUUACAGUGUUCACGCCAUCAACCAUGUCGUGAAAAGUCGAGAUAUCGUCGUAGAAAACAACAACAAGCAAGAUAAAAGUGAUGAUGAAAUGCGCGACCAAGGCUUGACUCGACCUAAAGUAUUGAUUCUAGUUCCGUUUAAAGAUUGCGCUUAUCGUAUUAUCAACAUGAUGAUAUCGAUAUUGUCGCCUAAAGAAAACUUCAACGUUGUACAUAAAAACCGAUUCCUUGAAGAAUUUACGGGUGGUGAACUAGCUAUGCCGAAAAAGAAUCCAAAACCGGAAGAUUUCGAAAAAACUUUUGUCGGCAACAUUGAUGACGCUUUUAGAAUAGGUAUGGCGGUCACCAAAAGUAGUUUGAAGUUGUACGAAAAUUUUUACAACGCUGACAUCAUUAUAGCUUCGCCGUUGGGCUUGCGUAUGAUCAUCGGUGUAGAAGGUGAAUCGUCCAGAGAUUACGACUUUCUGUCGUCCAUAGAAAUGCUGAUAUUCGAUCAAGCAGAAAUAUUUUUAAUGCAAAAUUGGGAUCACGUGUUGCACAUCAUGAACCAUUUUCACCUUCAGCCAAAAGAAGCGCACGGCACAGACCUGCAACGAGUUCGAAACUGGUCCAUCAACGGUCUGUCCAAACACUAUCGUCAGACAAUCAUGUUGUCGUCUUGUCGGUUACCUCAUUUAAUGGCAAUAUUCAAAAACAGGUGCCUGAAUUACGCCGGAUCGCUAAACGUGAUUAAUCCGAUCGUAACCGGCAUCAUAAGCCACGUAGUGUGCAAUUUAAAACAGUACUACCAUAAACUCGAUUCGAAAACACCGACCGAAUCUAUUAGUCAACGAUUCGAUUAUUUCAUACAUAAAAUUUUGACGCAGAUUCGGGCUUCCAACGAAAAACACGUAUUAGUGUACAUACCGUCAUAUUUCGAUUUUGUGUGCAUUAGGAACUAUUUGAAAACCGAAGAUUACAGAUUCGUUCAGAUCAACGAGUACACAAAGCCCGGCAAGGUGGCUAGAGCCCGAGACUUGUUUUACCAUAACGAAUGUGAAAUUCUAUUGUACUCGGAACGGUAUCACUUUUACAACAGGGCCAAAAUCCGUGGAAUCGAAACUAUCGUCUUCUAUCAGUUGCCUACGAUUGCCGGAUUCUACAGCGAACUCUGUAACUCUAUCAUUGAGAGCGAUUGCGGCGCUCGUAAUAUUACAGCAAUUUAUUCGCAGUACGAUGCUUGUAUGUUGACGUCGGUCGUUGGCACACAAAGAGCCAGGUAUAUGUUGACUUCGGAUCAGAAAAUACACAUGUUCCAUUCGGGUACGUGAUGAACUGUAAAACGACUUAAUUGUUAUGAACCAUACUUUAUGUAAUUUAUGUUGAAUAAAAAAUUUGUUUUUUUUUUAAUAAACCUUUAGACUAUUGUCUAGUUUCUAAGUAUUCCUUCUCGUGUUUUUUGGCUGUUUUUUCUCGAUAUUUAACAAAUAUUUUAUGGAAAACAAAACUUUCAUUUGUAGAAAAAUAUUGUGCCUAAAGGAAUUUUUUAAUUUAAAUAAAGUUAUGUUACAAUAGUAUUUUUGUAGAAUCAGAAUUGUGGUGUUUUCAUUGCACGA